UCCCAGCCGCUGACUUUCAACUUGACCCCCGCCCGCUCUGAGGCGAUUGCGGAUCUGGGAGCCCGAACCCAUAGUUAGGGAGCUCUGGGUUCGAAUGCUGUCCCCUUCUCUGCCCGUGACUUUGGGCGAGUCACCCGGCCUCCUCAUCUGUGAAGGGCGCCCGGAGAGCGGGAAGCCGCUCUGCCCUCGGGGAACCCCCCAGCUUAAUGGGGGCGGGAGGGCCCUGCCCCGAGGGACACCCCAAGGACCCCCCGCCUGGAGGGCUGCGAGCCUGACCCGUCCCCAGAGCCCCUCCCUCUCAUUUCCCCUUCCUUUCCCCCUCCUCCUCCUCUUGAGCUCGCCCUUGAUGGUUAAACCCGUCCCAAAGCCUGGGUCCACCCAAAGGCCUCCACUGUCUCUUCCCUUCCCUCUUCUUCAGCUCGCCCAUAAUGGUUAAACCCCUUCUGGAGGCCAGGGUCUACAGGAAAGGCCUCCCCUGUCUCUCCUCCCCUUUCUGACCUCCGCAUUGCACCAAAACUGCCCUUUCCAGAGUGACCAGUGACCUCUUCCUUGCCAAAUUCAGUGGCCUCUUCUCUGGCCUCCUGGUCACUCUCAUGGAUUCUUUCUUAUCUCGGGGUGCCCUGAACAGCGGGCUCCUGGUUCUCCUCCCUCUCUGACCACUCCUCUGGUGUAUCCCUUUUACUGGAUCCUCCUCCACAUCACACCCCAAACAUACUGGCCUUUGGGGUUCUGUCCUGUGCCCUCUGGUCCUGGUGUCAGGAACUUGAACUCAGGAAGUUUUGAGUUCAAAUCCAGCCUCAGAUUUUUCCCAGCUGAAUGACCUUGGGCAAGUCACUUAACCUCCAUUUGCCUCAGUUUUCUCAACUAUAAGAUGGGAAUAAUAAAUUGUUGUGAGGAUCAAAUGGGUAAAUAUUUGUGAAGAGUUCAUGCCUGACACACUGCCAUCAUUAUUUCACUUGGUGAUCUCAGCAGCUCCCAAGGGUUGAAUUUUCACUUCUCUGCUGAAGAUUCUCCCUGCUGCUGACCUCCGGUGUCUCAGCUCCAGGUUUCUUUCAGACAUCAGCCUUUCCCUGAUCCCUGCCCUAUCCCUCCCUUCCCUCCUCCCAGUCCCCGGGCUCCCAACCUCAGGGUCACCCCAGACUCCUCCCAUGCCCCUCUAGCCAGCAUGGUACCAAAGCCUGUCAAUUUCACAUGCAUAAACAUUGCCCCUGCGGCAUCUCUCCCAUACUCCCCCUUCUCUCCUCCCAGCCUGGGACAGCCCUCAACACCCCAUCCCUGAACAAUUGCAGUAGCCCCUGGGGUCUGCCUGCCCUCCAGCCCACUCUCCAUUCAGCCCCCAGUGUUCCUGCCCAGGCCGGGUCUAACCACGUCCUCUGUAUUCCACCAAGCCCAUCUCAUCCAGGAUCAAAUACAUGGCCCUUCAGAACCCAGCACACCCGCCCAAGCCGGUGACACUGGCCUCCUGGCUGGGCCACCAAGAAGACCCUCCGUCUCUCUGCUCCAGGCUUUCUCCCUCGCUGCUCUCCCUUCUCUCUGACUCCUUGAAUCCCAGCUAAAAUCCCACCUCCUACGGGAAGCCCCCCACCCUUUAUUCUCAUGCCUUGUUGUCUCCCCCAUUACAUGGGCUCCUCUUUGGUCCUCCUUUGUAUUCCAGGUGCUCAGCUCCUGGCCUGGCCAUGUUCAAGAUGGGGCACCAGGAAUGGAACACAAUCUUGCUGAACUAAUGCAUAAAUAAACAAGCAUUUAUGAAGUAUCUAAUGUAUGCAGAACACCAGGGACAUCAAGCACGUGUGGAUUCCUAGCCUUUCCAUAGAAACCAAACAGCCCAAAUGUUGUGUCGUUUGGUCGUUAGGACAGAGUCUUUGUCCAGAGAGGUCUCUGGAUGCCCUGCCAGCCGAGACCCCGUCUGGACUCAUGUCCUGUCUCUGCUGCAGGAAGAUCCUCCCUCCUUCUUUCCUCGGUGCCUCUGCAGAUGCAGUUUUACCUAAGCGGGGUCUAUUAUCCCUUCUAUUUCCUGACCUCACUGCUAGUUAUGGUCUACAAAACGCACCAUUUCUCCUACCCUGCCAAUUACUGGACCAUGGAUAUGAUUCUCCUUUGGAGCAUGGGGGUCCUGGAAGCCCUGCGGCUUUACCUGGGUACAAAGGGCAACUUGACCGAAGCAGAGACCCUGCUGGGCAGCAGUCUCCUGUUGACUCUUCUCAAUGCCAUUCUGUCUCUCUACUUCAUGCUGUGGACCACCUAUGUGCUGAGGGUUGACUUCCUCCUCAACGUCAUCGCGCUCACUCUCUACAGCCUGGAGGGCAUCCUGCAGGUGGUGACCAUCGCUGCCUUUGCCAGCUAGCCACAGCCAAGGGCCUCCCGGGCUUCCCGCAGCUGCGUCAGAUGCCAGCCAGACCUGGGGCUGCCAACACUGGGGUCUGACGAGUCAUGGCAUCUCAGAUCUUCACGUCCCGUGUUCCCCCACAUGGGCCUUGGAUUCGGUGGAUGAUGGCUCCCAGCUGGAGCCUGGAGACCCUGGUCCGGAGGGCUCUAAGCCCACCUCCCAUUUUACAGAUGAAAAAGCUGAGGCCUGCCCAAGGUCACAGCCUGGGGAAUGGGCCACGAUGAUUGCUGCCAGCUUCUCAUCCAUCGCUGCCUUUGCUCAGCAUCUCAACCCCAGGAAGCAACUCCCAGUAAACUAACUCCCUCCACCAGUGCAGAUCUCAAACCCUUGGCAGUUUCUCGUCUUAAGAUAGUCAGCUCCUCAGAACACUGAGGAAGUAGGUGACUUGCUUGUGGUCCCCCAGACAAGGGAGCAAGAGAAGGACUUGAACCCAAGUCUUCCUGAGGCAGCUACACGGCACCACAUUGGAUAGAGCACCGGCCCUGGAGUCAGGAGGACCUGAGUUCAAAUCCAGCCUCAGAGACUUCCUAGUUGUGUGACCC